UAAUGGCGGUCUAAACAAAUUUUUAGUAACACGUUGAAUUUGUUAAUUUCAGUGAUCAUAUGGUAUUUUAAGGAGACUUUAGUGCACCUGAAGGACAUUAGUUUCAUGUGUGUUUUCCGCAGAACAAGUUAUUUGAGCACAGCAUUAUGGUAUUUCGUUCUGAUUAGAAUAACUAAACAAGAUGAGUAGUCCAGUGUCUCAUGGCCGAGAGUUGACAAAAGGUGGAGAGGAGGAGAUAAUCAUGCCACGGAGCUCCUCGCCUAAGAUAUCACCCAAAAACUCAUUCGGACACAAUUUGGAUCAUAAUAUUAGCCUGGAAUGCGGCGACAUGAAUGGGAUAUUCCGCUCCUCCUUACAAGAGAGGCGUUUUCUGAGCCCCUCCCCAGGGAUUGAGGAUCUGAGCAGACUGAGGGUGGAGAACACACAAUUGAAGUCACAGCUUCAUCAGGCUCAGCUGGAUUUCCAGACAGAGCAGGAUACUGUAAUACAGCUGAAGAAAAGAUUAAACAACAUUGAAAAGGAAAGGCUGAUGUCAACAACUCGUUCAAACAAUGAGCACAUAUCACCACCCUUGAAAGUGAAAACCACCAAACUGAGGGCUCAGCUGGAGAAAGGGGAGGCAACUCGACAAAACCUUGAGUUUGAGUUAGCCAAAGCAAGGAGGGAUUUGAAUCAAGUGAAGAAAGAAAGUGCUGAUAAAACAAAAGCUCUACAUGAUUCUGGGGAUCACAUGAAAGAGAAAAUGGCUCAGAUGUCAGAAGAAAUAUCCAAACUCCAGGAGCAAAUCAGAGAUGUUGAAAGAUCGUCAGAUUCUGCAGAGAAGAAGCUGAAAUCAGAAGUAGAGGAAAAGGAGGAGCUAUUAGCCAAGUGUCAGACAGAAAAGGAAGUGCUACGUGCUGACAGGGACAAACUAGAACAUGUGCUACAGGAAAACGAUCGUGCUAUAUCUGAGUUGAGUGACAGAUUGCAAGAUGCAGAAACUGAACGACAAAAUCACAUUGGGCUUCUCCGGCGUACUACCACCGAGCUUGAGUAUGCUAAGGAGAGAGGUGAGCAAACCAAGAAAGAAUUGACCAUUACUGUGAAGAAGGUCAAAUCCCUGGAGGGGAUGAUUGAGGCUGAGAGAGCGGCUCACCUGGAGAGCAAGUUUAACUCGGAAAUAACUCAGCUACGUGUACGAGAUCUGGAGGGAGCUGUAGAGGUGGAGAAGGGGGCCCAGAUUGAGUCAAGCAAGACAGUUGAGAGCCUGGGACAACAGAUCAGAGAAUUACAGAACUGUUACGAGGAGCAGAAAAAGUUGUUGAAGGAAGGCCGUGAAAGAUAUGAAAAGCUGGAGAAGGAGCACGACUCAGCCAGGUAUCAACUGACAGCUGAGCUAGAGGACAAGAAGAAAGUCAUCCAGAGUCUCUCCAAACAGCUGGAGAUCCACCAGAAAAACUUCAAUGAACUCAAAGACGAGCUAGCUAAGGCUAAGAAGCGUCAGAUUUACCUGGAGGAGACGUACAGUGGCAGUAUUAGGGAGAUGGAGCUAUUGGUCAACACCUUCCAGGCAGAGGAGGGGAGCAGCAAGAAGAAAAAGGUUCGAAGGAGCGAGGUGAAGAAGGAGAGUGGUAAACUACAUGUACACACACCCUCAGCUGUGUUGGAGAGUCUCCGGCAUAUUCUUCUGGAGAACAGGAAGCAACUGGAUAAAGCAGCAGAAGAGGCAAAGAAAGCAAAAGCUCAUUCAGAGAAGUUGACCAAGGAAAUCGGCACUCUUAAAACUUCAAUUGCCUCAAAAGAUAAAGCUAUGGAGGACACAGAGAAGAACUUUGCGAAGGCGUCGCGUGAAUUGAUUAGGGUAAGGAGUGACUACACAGACCUGGAGACGCUGUUAGCCAGGAUGAAGCUAGACCUGCACAGUACGUCUAGGGACAGAGACAAGGACAUGGUCCACGCCCAGGAGCUGUCAGAGGAGCUGAUGAAUUUAACCCAGAAACACAGAGAAGAAAAUGAGGAGAAGAUGAUGUACCUUCACGGCCUGUAUCAGCAGCUGUUAUCUGGACGAGUGAUGCCAUCGUUUACAGAGAAGCCAUUCCCACAAUACACCUGGCAGGAUAUGUCAACCCUGAUAAAGGAGGAGGUGUCUUCACUCAUACAGCAAGCGCAUUUCCAUAAACAACAGGUUGUUCAGCUAGAGGAAAUACUGCAGAGUAAAGAGGAGGUUCUGAUAAGUCUUGAGAGAGAACACACGCAGCAGGUGUUCCAGUUAAACAACAUCAACACAGAACGAGAACAGACCUGGCUGAAACAGAAGGAGGAUCUGAAGGUGCAUUAUAACCAGCUGAUCUCUGACAUACAGAACAGGUCAAAGCAGAGCCAGGUGAUAGCUGACGAGGCCUGGGAGAAGGUGCGAAUGUCCGGUAGUCUGCGGCAAGGUUUAGAGUCAGAGUGUGUGGAGUUGAGGACCCGAUUGGCUCAGGCCCAGCAGGACAACAUGGGUCUGCACAUCACGCUCAGUCUGCUCUGUGGUGCCCUCUACCCGCUGUAUGCACGCGCAAAUGCUCUCGCCACUGAGAGGAGGAUCCUUGAGGACGAGCUCUUCAACUUUUACACGUACAAGACACAGGUACAGGAAAUGGUGAAUGCCCUGAGCGCAGAAUUCGGUGAGGGAGACCUGGUGCAGAAGUCAAGCCCAGGGAAAGGGAAGCUGCAUUCCAAGCGUCACCCAUUGCUGACAUUCAGGGUUGGGGUGGUGGCUGUGAUGGCAGCCAAUAGGCUGAAGCACGGGACAAGGGCAAGCAGUAAGAUGUUUGUGACGUACGACACGAUCUCAGGGAACCAUGGCCUGCUGGUGUGUACAGGAGGCGUGACUACUGCUUCUACCCCUUUCACAGGUGUGGGUUUGUCCAGGAGCUCACCCCGUGAUGAUAGCACAGACAGCAACAGACACAUCAUUGAUUGGCUGACCAGUGCUGACCUCCUCUCCACAGUGCUUGCCUCUGUCACAGAUCUACAAGAGGUCAUUGGCCAGAUCAAAGACAGUGUAAACCCAGUGGAGUCGCGAGCUCUGACAGGCUCAGCUCGCACCUUUUUCACACGCCUCCUCGACAGACUGGUACCUUACUUUGAGAACAUCUCUCUCCAGCCAAUGGCAGGGCUCCGUGACAAGCACUCGUUGAUUAGGAGGCUAGGCAAAGGCCUUCAUGCAACACUACAGAGAUCGAUAACAGUAGAGCAGAAAGGCAGCAUGUUGUCACACCAGGAGGUGAGCACAUUGCUGCAGCAGCACUUGUUACAGCUGACACAGCGUCUUCAUGGAGUGGAAGUGGAGAGACGCACAUUACUGAUGGACAACGCCAACCUGAAGCAGGAGAGUGAGGAGCUGACAGCCUGCCGACAGCAUAUGGCCUACUUGGAGGAUGAGGUGCAAGCUUACAGAGAGCAGGCUGCUGAGGGAACAGUUCCUCUGGCCAGGUUUGAGAGCAUGUGUGCAGAGCUAAACAGUGCCCUUUCUAGGGAGGAGCAGGCGCAGACACUGCUGAUGGAGCAGAGUCGACAGCUAGAGGAGUUCUCUACGCGUCUGACAGCGCAGAACCAGCAGGGGGCGCUGAAAGACCACACACUCUCUGAGGCUGUGCAGGGUUUGUCUCAGACGAAAGGAGAUCUGAAGAGAAAAGAGCAGUCAAUUCGUCAGCUAAACAAGACAAUUAGUCAGCUGGAGCUGGAGAAGAUGGGUUUACAGAACAACCUGAGUGAUGCUGAGAAUGCUCUGAGGACUGCUGCCAAGGAUAAGGAGAUCUUGGCUACCUAUAUCACAACAGUGGAGAGUGCAGUCAGCCAGGUGAAGAAGGCAUUAUCCACAAAGGAGCAUAUAGAGGAGUUGUCACUACCCAAGCUGCUGCUCAAUGUGGACUUCAUACCAGCAGAUGUGGGCAAGGCAGGACCAGAGCUGAUAGCUUCUCAGAACUUGGUUGGCGAAUUUGUGGACACACUGGUCCAGACAUUCAGCAGGCUGAAGGCUGUAGAGGCAGAGCUUGUGUCCCACAAACAGCACAUUGCCAGCCUCAAGACAGAGCUAUCAGCAGUAGCCAGCAGGGAGUACCAGGAUGAGGAGUACCCCGUGAGAGAUGUGAUGGGACUGACACGAAUGGACAGUGACGAGAGUGUUAGUAAGGAAAGAUUCUAUGUGCUCAAGGAGGAUUCUGAGGUAUCAUUUAAUAUGCAGUCCCCAUCACCUAAACUAGCUUCAUGGAAACCAUCACCUGCAAAGCCGUCUCAUUAUCGGACCCCGAAGUUGGCGCGAUCCUACCCACGCCCUGCCUCUGGGAGGUGAUAGGGGCACAUUGCUCACCACGCAGUAUUAAUCCCCUGGCAUUAUGUGAUGUUUCAUGUUGUCAUAUGCUGUGCAAUUGAUGUAUGAACUUGUGGAGAAGCAUGACUGAUGACUGGACUAUAACUAUACAGAGA